AACACCAGUCCAACAUCGCCAUUCAAGACGAGUAGUCAGACUUCUUCAAUCAAUUGACCUUAUCUAAUUGAACACAAUUUCCUUGAUUUGCGAAUACUUUAGGAAAAAAAAAAUUAUAAUAAAUAAUUAUUGUAAGUCACCAUAAUGUCCUCGCUACCAGCCACCUUCGUCAAGGGCAUUCACGAUGCGGAACUUUGCAAACGUAUGGAAUAUCGCCUGCUCGGUUGCACCGGGUUGCAGGUGUCAAAAGUGGCAUUAGGCACAGCGACUUUAAGCGAUUUAUAUGGUGAUCUCGAUUUGGACGAGGCCAUCAAAACCAUACAAAAAGCUAUUAAGUCCGGCAUUAAUUAUAUCGAUACUGCACCUUAUUAUGGCCAAGGUCGCGCCGAGGAAGUGUUGGGUAUGGCAUUGAAAGACGUGCCAAGGAAAGCGUACUAUAUAGCCACAAAAGUGGCACGUUAUGAAAAAGAUUUGGUAAAUCGAUUUGAUUUCUCUGCCAAACGGACUAGAGAAAGUGUUGAGAAGAGCUUGAAAUUGCUCGGACUCGAUUACGUGGAUGUAAUACAGAUUCAUGACAUCGACUUUGCUAAAAAUCUCGACAUUGUUCUGAAUGAAUGCCUUCCCGAACUGGAGAAAAUUGUUAAAGAAGGUAAAGCGAAGUUCAUCGGCGUAACAGGCUACACACUGGCAGUGCUAAAGGAAUGCAUAGAACGUGCACCCGGCCGUAUUGAUGUAAUACUCUCAUAUUCUCGCCACACCCUACUCGACGAUUCGCUAAGAUCAUAUGUGAACUUCUUUCAAGAGCAUAAUAUAGGCAUUGUGUGUGCGUCUGCACAUGCACUAGGCCUGCUGACCAACAACGGCCCACAGCCGUGGCAUCCUGCAUGCGAAGAGCUAAAGGCAUUAUGCCGAAAGGCAGCGAAUAUUUGUAAGGAGGCGAAUAUUGAGCUUGGCAAGUUGGCUAUGUACCAAUUCAUGCAAUUGGAUGAGGCGAGCACCUUCGUAGUUGGCAUGGAAACUCAGAAGCUGUUGGAUAUUAACCUGGCCGCGUACUAUAAUGGACUUACCAAGAAGGAGCAGGAAAUGUUGAAACUUUUGCGAAAAACGUUUUUUACAAAACCAUUUAACUGGGACGGCAUUGAAUUAGAAGAAUAUAGGACUGCUGUAGCCAAGGCAAAAUAGAUGACAAGUUUUGGAUGUAUCAUAUUAAAACUUUCUAAUAUUUUUACUCAUUUUAUGUCUAUGAAGAAUCGAAGCCGACACUUAAAGAAAUUGCAAAUAAAAAAAUUAAUAAACAA